AACCCCCCUCAUUACCGGGGCCACAAAUGCUGCUCUUUCCCUAGAUUUAUUUUCAGUCCUCCUGGCCCUUCAGCUUGCAAUCUGCCUCUUCCUGUUCUUCGCUGACAUUGAUGCUGUUUACAGCGGCAUGCAGUUUCUUUACACUCCUAUGAUCUGGAGAGUUUACGUCUUACUGAUGCUCUUGGUCACCUUUUGUGUAUCUUUUUUUACAGAGGACGUUAUCUUGCAGAACAAGCACCUCUGGCUGCUGAUUAAAUCCUGUUUCAGGUACCAGUCAAACAGCCAGUACCGAAAAUGGCAGAGGAUCCUGAAGAGGGAUCCCAACUGGCCUCCUGUAAAUGCAGAAGACUUUGCAGCAAAAAGCACUGAUGAGGUUUACGUUAACCCCACAUACAAAUACAGCGACGAGGACUAAGCAAGACCCUGCAGCCAGGCACAGGGCUGCACAGAGCUGGCAGCUUCCUGGCUUGCACUGAACAGCCCGUGUUUUCAUCAUUUGAUGUGCACCAGAUUCAGAUGUUUGAAAUCCCUGCACAAACCCAUCCAUUCAGGGGCAGGCUGGGCCUGUGCUGGCUCUGCCUUGGAGCACAAGCAAGGAUUAUUCUCUCUGCUGCUGGUAAAAUAACAGCCUUGACUCGACUCUAUGGCACCAGCAGGUCUUGGGCCUGGCCAACAUCUCCUACAAAGGCUCAGAAAUACUGAAUACAGCAAAGUGAUGGCUUCUGUUGCUCCACAUCACACUCUUACUCCAUGUUUCAGUCACUGCUCCACCAAAUCCCGUCAAUGCACCCACCAGGCUUGAGGGGAAGGCAAUCCAAAAUAAGCGACCUAACCUUGACCACACAGAGGAGCACAUGUACAAUUGCAAAAUCCUGUGUUUAAAUGCUGCAGCUUCCACGAACUACAAGUUCCCCAGAUGAAGUAAUUCCAGUUUUCUUGCAUCCCAGAGUGAAUUAUAGAUGUGAGAGGGUGCAUACGCUGCCCUCGCCCAGCUCUCCCUUGCCAGU